GAGGUCGAAUUGUAUUAUUGGAUUCUUCGAAUUGAUCUUAUUGAUUUGGGAAGUUUGCGUGUAGAAGAUUGCUGCUCCUUGGACAAGCACAACCAAUCGUCGUGCGUUCGUCUGUAUGCGUCGUUUCGCCCCGACCAUCAAGAGUCGUCGUUCGAUGAACAAUUAAUCAGAUGCGAUCGCUUCCAAUAAACAAAAGUCAACGACACGCCACGGUUUUACUGUAAACAAACGACGACCGCGGUGGUGGCAGCGGAGACGGACGAGAAAUAUUGAUUAUUUUCGUCCACCUUCGUCGUAUAUAUAUACCCAUACCACCAUACCUGGUGGGAAAAUUAAUCGAUAGUUUUCCUCGUUUCGCCGUGAGUGCAGUUAGUCAAGUCAGGUCAGUGGAAACGAGACUAAGAAAACGACAUGGACAAGAACAGGAACUUCUUCGGGGCCGCACCGCUACCCUUCUACGAGCCGCCUUCGAGGAAGACCUCUGCGGAUAUCAUUAACGAGGCCCGAUUGGCAAUCAGAGAAUCUCAGAUGCCGCAGGACAACUCUUUCGCCGCAACAUCAAUCAAACCGCUGCAGACGAAGAGACCGUUUACACCGCGCGAUAAAGAACGUCUGCUAUUCGGAAAAAAGAUCAAGGACAGACCUCCUAGCUCUUUCAGCUUGCGCUAUUUGCAAACGGACUUUUCCGUUCCGCCUAGUACUCCGGAAGAUGGAGCUACGCGCAAGAGAUCAGAAACGCGCCAGCAGCGCUCCAAUUCGCUGUCUGAAAUUUCAGCGGAUGGGAAAAUCUUCAAUCUAUCGGUUAAAGAAUCCGCGGCGCAGAAGAUCAGAUUACCUUCAUUGGAUUUACGGCUGUCGCAUCAGAAGAAGAAAUACAAGAACGCUUACUCUUUGGACAAUCUUCCGGAGGAGAACGAGGCGACGAGUCCGAGAGGCGUGCAGACUAGGAAUGCCUUCAGCUCCCCUCAGGAGCGCACCGAGUCCGCCGUAUCCUCAUCGCACUCGCAUUUUGGAAGACCUUCCAAGAAGAUACAGAACCUGUCGCAGUGCUUGCUGUUGGGACCGCAAAACCUGGACAGGAUAUUCGAGAACCGGCACAUCGUCGAGCACUCGGAUAACUUGUUCUCUCAAUCAGGUUACUUUCACGGCAAAUAUUGUGGUAAAUUUAAGGAAAAAUUAACCGCUUCAGAGGGCGGUGCUGCCAUGACCAUAGAAGGAGUGCUCGCUCUGCUGGCCGAAGAAAGAGAUGAAACGGUCGUGAUUCGCCUGCUGGACGAUCUCUACGAGUGCAUGGAGCGAGACGGACUCCUGGUCGCAUCGAAGGUCGCAUCCAAAAUGAAGAUACAGAUCCUAAAGACGCUCUACAGGCACGUCGAAUCACCAAACGAAGUACUCUUACUCAACAUAGCACGCAUCAUACUUGCAUUGAAAGUCAUGGGAAACAAUUUAACCGGCGUCUGCAAAUUAAUCUUCAAAGUCUCCAAAAGCGACAAGAACGACAAUCUGUUCUUCAAGAAAAACCUUCUAGAACUUUUUGUGGAUGCGCUGGGUAGAUCCAGUCCGUUGGACGAUGCGGAGGCUUGCGUUUAUGGGUACGGUUCUAUCAAGUUCCUGACAAUGAAUGCGAAACUUUUGCAUCAGAUUCUCUCACUGGGAAUUCUCCCACUGAUGGUCUUGCAUAUCAAGCUUGUUAACAAUGCCAAACUGGAGAACAUCUUCAUACCGGAUCAGACCAACCACGCAGUAUUCCAGUUAACCGGAGCGCUUCGGAAUCUUGCAUCAGAUGAGACCAUGUACGAGAACUUCGUCGAAACGCAGGCUAUACAACAGCUUUGCCAGACUUUAGAUCUAUUUACGCUGAACGCUGAUAUAGUGAGCAACAUUUCGAGAACUUUAAGCAUAAUUUCAACGAAUGAGGGCUGCUGCGACGCCAUAUCCGAGUAUCCGGGCAUAUACAGGCUCUUUAUUCGCAUGUUCAAGAAGUACCCGGAGAAUGACGAAAUCAUCGUGCGUUUGACGUAUACUUUGGGUAACGUCGUUGCGAACUUGGACAACGCCAGGAAUAAGUAUUACAACGAGGAUGAGUCCAUAAAGACUCUACUGUUGCUAUGGAGAAUCUAUCUAGAGAGGACGCUCAAGUUUUGUUCGUUGAACGACGACGGAAAGAGCUCAACGGCAACCGAAGAUGUUAUGAUUAAGAUCAUUCGAAUAGUUGCAAAUAUGGCGAUCAAUCCUGAUAUUGGUAAGGCUAUGAACGAGAAUUUCGGAGCUCAAUUUAUAGACGAAUUCAUCAAAGUGCUCAUCAGCAAUCCUUUUAAGAAAAACGAGGAGCUCGUAUUGUCUGUGCUGAGCACGUUGAACAACCUAUCGUUUUACUAUUCGGCCGAAUUGAAUGAAGAUAUUUUUCACGUGAAGCAAAUCAAUAUUAUAGAAGCAAUAUCCGAAUAUACGUGCUGCGAAAGCAAAGAGUGUCUCAUCGAAGCCAUGAGGAUCUUGGGAAAUCUCUCGCGUUCAAAGAUCACUCGCAGCUUCAUCUCUGAAACCAACAUUUUCUCGACAUUGAUCAGCAUGUUGGAUAGCGGUGAUUUGAGUCUGCUCAAGACGACUGUCGGUGUUUUUGUCAAUUUGAUGGCCGACCAGAAGAACCGUAAGCUGCUUCUGGAGAAUUACGGUCUGCUCAAGUUGAUCGGAGUUAUGAAUAAUUACGGACAAUACGAUUGGUCCCUGUCGAUGCUCGUUUGCCAGGUGAUUUGGAACUAUUGUAUUGACAGCAGUAACCUGUACGAGGCCAUAUCCGAUGUCGAGAUUCAGCAGCUCAUAGCCAUUCUUGUAGAUUAUUUGGAUGAGGAAAAGAUUUUUGGGUUGAUGGAUUCUACGGGCGACAAUUCCGAUAUGCUCAUGACCAACGAGUACAUGGUAUGGGAGGAGUUUGCCAAUGUUGCAACCAAUCUCCUUGAGAAGGUCGAGCAGUUUCUGGAUCGUGUCGACUCUGAAGAGGCCGGGACUCAGUCGAAGCGCUCUACCGUUGAUUCGGCAACCAACAUAAGUUUCGCCGGCUGGGAAUAAUAGAUGGAAUUAGAAGGACGGGGAUGAUAUGAGUAGGAUAUUAAUAGUGAUUUUAGAUAUUUUACGUUUAUACUUC